UCCGUUCUCCAGGGGAAAACAGCACUCCAAUCUCGAAGAGAAAAUAGGUAGUAGGUGGACGUCGUAGACUUAUGUGUACAGACAGGAAAGCCUGUAUAUAAGUGAGCAGGCAUAGCAGCAGAGGCGCUUCUCAAGUGCACGUAGCCGCGUAGUGUAGAAUCCCAAACGCUACAAGGCGUAGAAAAGGCCGUUAUCGUUCCUCUACUCCGUAUUCUUCGAGUACUCUUUCUCCUACUCCCCCAUUAUACGUCCCUCUUCUCACCUCUCGUCACUCAUCGAUUUCCUUCUCUUUCUUCUUGCGUCGCGUCAAAGGUAUCCUGACGCCCGUGACUGCCGUCGUCCUUCUUCUCCUCCUCCUGCUCCUCGUCCUCCUCCUCCUCCUCGUCCUCUCUGUUCUUCACCGCACCUCCCAGGAGGAGACCGAAGACUAAGCCUCACUCGACGGUGGCGACAAUGAUGGAGCAAAAGGCUAUCCGUUCCAUCUCCUCUGUCCGGACGAUGGCUAUGGCGGUCGUCGUCUUGCUGGCAAUCCUCCUGAACAUGGCCGCGCAUGGGGAAGCACAACGCGUUCCACGAGGGGUCAGUGUCGGGGGCGUCUCAGCCUUCGGAAGCGGUUGCAGUUCUGCGACCGCUCGCUUGAUCGGCCGCGGGAAGUCGGUCAGCGUCUCCGUCAACUCGUUCGAGGCUACGACAACGGGAGGGCUGGCUAAACAACGAAAUGUCUGUACUCUGAGCCUGUCGUUGUCUUAUCCUUCUGGUUGGCAAGUGAGUGUGAGCUCAGUUAAAGCCAGCGGGUCAGCAAAGCUCAGCCGUGGUGUUCGUGGCAUAGCCCAGGCCAGCUAUUAUAUCAGCGGAUCGCCGGGAACGGCGACAGCUAGCCUGAACAUCAACGGCGCAUAUAAUCGGGGUUUUACUUUGGCUAAGAAGCUCAGGCCAAGCAUCUUUGUCACAUGUGGCCAGCCGCGCACUAUCAAUGUCAAGCUCGAGGUCAGAGUCAACCCCGGCGGUGCUCGACGUGCAAGUGGCGUCGUCAAGAUUGGAGGCUCGCCUGCAAUCUUCGGCCUAACGUGGAAGAGGUGUUGAGCCACAUCUGUCGGCCGGCGGUGGAAGUUCUCCUGUCAGCGUCGGGCUUAGCGUUGUCAGUUCUCCUGUCGGGGUCGGCCUUAGCAAUGCCACUCAUCUAGUGUCUGCACCAGCUUCAGCGAUAGAAGUUCUCCUGUUAGCGUUGGAACUUGGAAGGUGUCCUGCCGCCGUCCUGGCCAGUGUCGGCCGCAGCAGGUUGUGUUUGUGUCGAUCUGGUCCUUCUGAAGGGAGGGGUAGACAGGUUCAGACCGCCGUCAGAUCGAUGGCUGGACUGGGCACGUGGCAGUCACAACGAGGCGAUGGUGAGGAGCUUGAUGAGCUUAGUUACGUGACGUCCGUGGCGGCCUUCGUCAUUGUGAUAACGAUUGUGCAUAUCCUUUCAAAUUAGGAUGAACUUCCAUGCCCAAGCUUCUUCCAGACCCCAGCUGGUGUCCCACGUAGGACGUCAAGUAGCACCUGGCAUAGCACCCCACAUACCAACUCACAGCGCAACUCACGUACUAGUGUUGGCCUACUGCAAGCUCGCGUAGCAGGCACAUAGCAGUCUCGUACAAACUCAAACGGCAACGCACAUAGCACUACGCAUAGCACCACUUAUAGCAACUCACGAAACAUUUUCCCCACUCAUGUAGCAGCUCCCAUACUAACUCCCAUCAUGGCAAUGGCACAACAACAUCUACUCGCAUAGCAGCAGCUACUCUCAUAGCCCUGCGCUUAGCGCCUCACAUAGCAACUCACUCAAAAACAGCCUUUCAGCAACUCGCAUAGCAACGCACAUAGCAUCUCGCACAGUGUCUCACAUAGCAACGCGCACACAGCAUCUCGCACAGCGUCUCACAUAGCAACUCACAUAGCAUCUCACAUAGCCAUUUACUCAGCGGUCACUCGCAUAGCACCUCACAGCCUCUCAGCUACUUAACUUAGCAUCCCACAUAGCAACUCACAUAUUCACAUAGCAGGUUACAUCGUCGAUCUAAUGCAAGCACGCAGUUGAUUGCUUCGCCAUCGUUUCGAUAUCGUCGGAGAUUGACAGGAAGGGCUCUCACCGACUCUCUGGCACUCUCUCAGGUCCCCCUGUUGCUUACCAUGUCACGUCCGAAUGACGAAAACCCGGAUCAAUGAAGAUAAAGCAGUUGACUCCGAGGCGGAUAUCGACUGUGUACCGUCGAGUUAGUAAAGAAUCUAAAGAUCGAUGAUGGUUUGUGUGCCUAAGACUAAGAGCUUAUUGACUGUCGAGAGUUUUCUGAAUGUAUGUGAUAUGUAUUAUAUUAUGCUCCACGAAUGGACCACCAUCAUGAUGGACGUAUCGCACAGUCAUUACGGCAAGAGGCGAAGAGCUUAGUAGAAGAAAAAGUUUGCCGUUUUCUUUUGGGUUUUCUCUUUUUUUUUUCCGUCGUCGUAACGCUCAAGAGUACGCGCUAAUCGCCUCUCAAUCAAAGAUACGCGUUUUCUGCAGUGUCGACUGUGUUGUUGAUGUCCCACGAAGGAGGUUUUUUUUCCCGCAACGUUUCGUGCAAAUUUUCUGUGCAUAGUUUAAUCUAUGUGUGUCAUUUCAUUUCGGUUGAAUUCUCGGACCUUCUUUCUAAACAUUGUUACUUUUUUAUUCAGUCUUUCUAAUUUGCUGGAUUGAUCGAUGCUGAGGCUUUCUUUUACGUAUGUAUUGUAGGGUCGGUGUGUCAUAUGACAUCUCGUUUUCUCAG